GACAGGGCUCUGUCCUCAGACAGUCUACGAUAAGAAUCCUUAGUGGGAGGACUUCACAGACACAGCAGGAGCAAUGGUCUGAUCUCCCAGAGAGAAGUGGAUGAAAUUAAACCUUCUUCUGAGCACUUUUAAUGGAGCCCAAUGAGCAAUGAAGAUGCUGACGAUAACGAGGUGCCUUGCGAGCUAGUGAGUCCUGGCUCGUGCUGGCCAGAUGGCUGAGGUUAAUGUCAUGGUGCAUGAGGAUCCAAAUCUGGGCUCUGGUCCAGAUGAGGAUGCCUCUGAGUUAUCCGUUUCAGAGAGUGAUUCAGAUUCCGGGAGUGUGUUGUCGGAUGACUCCGUGCUCCCUGUCUAUGAGCGGGAAGAAGCCAGUGGAGGCCCUGCCAACACCUUGUACCAGGCCUGUGCCAAGAACAAUGCGGCAGCCCUCCGCAGAGUUCUGGAGAGGGGUGUUACAAGAGAUGAAGUCAUGGAAUUAGACUUAAAUGGCAGGAACGGUCUGAUGUUGGCGGUCUCAAAAGGCUUUGUGGACAUUGUGUAUGGACUGAACCAGUGCCCAUUUCUGGAUAUAAAUCACAAGGAUAAUGAUGGCAACACUGCCCUCAUGAUCGCUGCACAAGCUGGUUUUGAAACCAUCCUCACCUACAUCCUGAACUUCUUCUCUGGGGUGGAUAUGGAGCUCAGGGACAACCGAGGCUUUACCGCUCUACUCAAGGCAGCUAUGCAGGGCAAUGAUGACUGUGUGGCCUCACUGCUCAUGGCUGGGGCUGACAUAAAUGUAGUGGAUACUGCAAGGGGGAAGGGUAUACGAGAAUGGGCUCUGAAAACAGGUCGCUUUGACACAUUACACAGGCUUAGGCGACUGAACACCAGGCCUCGGGCAGAACAGUUCUGUGAACAGUUUGUCCCAGAGUGGCCAGAUUUGAAACAGCUAGUGGCCAAGGCCACAUCCACAAAAAGUACAGGACAGAAAGUCACCCAUCGCCUGAAGUCCACAUUCAGCUUAAAUUUUCCACAUGACCCCCAGGACAAUAGCAUUAUGGACCAUAUGGUGCGAAUCACCACCAGCAUCCAUAGUCCCUUGUUGGUCACUGGAUGCCGACCUCUGUGUCCCACAAGCCCACCGGAGAUUGGCAAGAGACGCCUGGCUGUGCCUGAACUGAUACAGAUGCACUCAGACACAAAUCUUGAGGAGCACGUGAUACGUCACAGUAACGGCUCCACCUCUGUGUCAGGAACCUCUGGCUCUUCUGUCUCACUGGUCUCCUGCUGCUCUGGCUCAGAGCGGAGAGGCAGUGUGCUAUCAAUGGCCUCCAGUGGCAUCCGCAAGUUUGUCCCACGCAGCAUGGCCCGUCGCAAUAGCGUGUUUCCUGCUGGCUGCAUUCCCCAAAUCAAAGUGACCAAAUCUGGAGAGCCAACACCCAAGAAGCAGAAAAAGAAUAAGAAAUCCAAAUAUCACUUAGAGCCACCGGUAUGGAAGUACAAGGAGGCUAAAGAGGAGAGGAAAAAAAAGGAAAAGGAAAAAGCAGAACAAGAGAAGACUAAAAAGGAAACUAAGAAGAAGGUGAAAAAUGAGGAAAAAGCUGCCAACAGAUAAAUGAUGUCACAGCUCUUAAAUCUGUCUGCCAUCAAAUUAGAGCUUUCAUAUCUGCUUUUAGGAGGUUAAAGCGAAAAGACAAUGGACAGUGUUUCAGUGGAAAUGGACAGCUAUUAUUUAUUUUUAGUUAUAUUUUUGUUAAUGGAUAUAUCAUUUCACAUAAUUAAUGGCAGAACAAAAUACUCUAUACAUUGGAUUCAACUAUAUACAGUAUAAUCUGAAUAUGAUUAAUACUUAUGCAACAACCACUAGCUCUAUAUGUUUUACAAAUGUUUUACAUCCAUUUUCAUUUGGCAUUUCCUCUACUAUUCAUUUUCCUUUAUCUCUCAACAAGCCCAUACUACUCAAUGAGUUUACUAUGGCAACAAUGUUCAUUUCAAAGGAUGACUUUACAAUGGACCUUAUUUACAGCCUCAAGAUUUUUGUUUCCAUAUUGUAUGUACCAGUGUUAUUUUUGUUUGUAUUGUUGUUGUAAUUUGUUUUUAUUGCACUCCACUGUCUAUUUGUAGAAUAAGGAUCUGCUUCUUUGAGAGCAGCACUGCUUUUGCAAGUCUCAAGAUAGAAGUUCAGUCAUGAUAACUCUCGGAAAAAUUUAGCAUGUUAACAUGGUAUGACAUAUUGAUAGAAUAUUGGUCUUAGCGGACUAGAUCUGCUACGCUGCUGCUGCUGCAGAGCAAGUACGGAGACUUGCCACAGCUAGAACAUACACAGGCAUACUGAGUUUAGAAUGCAGACAUGCUGCUGCUUCUGCUGCUGCACAAUUAGAGAAAAUAGAAGACAUCCUGCAUCAAGCAUGUAUGGCAUGCUGCUGCACAAUUAGACAUAAAUGCAAUUCCCAUGUAGCAGAUCUAGACAAGCAGAGAUGGGGAGGAGUUUCAGAGAAAACUUUUACAGCGUGCUGCAGUGAAACCGGCUUACUUGCAAACUGAGCAAACUUAAACAAGGCAAAGAGAGAGUACGCAAGUUGGUUAGCAACACGACUACACAUCAAAGUACCUCAGCUUACACCAUGUGAACUGAUUGGCUUGACAUAUCACAUGGGAGCGAGCUGAUUUACUAACAGGAAAGAAAUUCAAAGAACCUAUCCACUUGCGAUAUUCAGAGUUUCAUGCCUGAAUUUAAUCAUUUCAAUGUUCACUUUAAGAGCACUUUAAUACUUUAAACUAAAAGAAUGUUAUCAUACAGAAAAAGUACAGUUGCAAUAUUUAUCUUUCCUCCAUGCAAUAAUUUAAGUGUACAUGCAUUUGUUUAUAAAAUUGUCUCGCAGUGUCUCAGGGAAAGCAAACUUGCCAUUGCAGUGAGUGUACAUUAUGAAGACGUGCACUAAACUGACUUCAUGAAAAGCAAAAUCUGUUACAUACCUAUGCAACUCUGUAUUUACAUAUUAUUAUUGGAGAGAAAAUUGGUCUAUUCCAUUAAAGGGAUAGUUCACCUAAAAAUUUAAAUGUACUCACCCUCAAGUUGUUCCAAACCUGUAUAACUGUUUUAUUUUUUUAUUUUUUUAUGUGGUGGGUAAAUGAUUACAGAAUUUCCAUUUUUGGAUGAACUAAUCCUUUAAGGUACCUGUUUGACUAAAUAUAAAUUGUGUGUAAUAUCUUAGUUGGAUAUAAAUAAUAAACUAUUUUAUUAAAGUA